UUUACGUCCAAUUCGCGCUCUAUCGCAUGUUGAAAAGUCAAGUAGCGUCCAUGAAUGCUUCUGAAAAUUCCAUCAAGUCUGUAUUAUGGUUGAUUAUCUGUCCAGCAAAGGUUGCUAGGAUUCCACAGGCUACUGUCAAAGUGGUAAAUGAAACUGCUCGACUUGUCUAGUGCUGCAUUUUUGCAUUUGUGCUGGAUUUUGUAUUUUCGUACUUUCUUCUUUUUCCUUUUUCAAGAAGUCAAUGGUCGAAUUUCUUACGUCAAAUACUCAGUUGGUUCUAGCGGGUCUUCUUGCCAUUUUGGCUUUCUGGAUUUGCUUAUUGGUUGUUUCAUACUUGUUGGAUCUUUUCAUUCUGUUACCAAAUCAACUUAAUCUCUGGAUUGCUUCAAUUUUCGGUUUCGACUUGACGUUGGAAAGAAACGACUUGACGAAUGAUAAUCCCGUCCCACUGGAUACAAUCCCAAGCGAGUUUCAAAACCGAUCAAAUGACCCUAAUAAUCUUGCAGACGAACAAUCAUCUUCUGAAUGCGUUGAACAAUUUCCGCGAAAGACAGCAGAAACCAAGUCAAUCUAGGGACGUUGAAAGCACUGGGAAUUUGGAAAGCAGCUGAUUCCUUGGUUUCGUACUUUUAUUUUUCAACCUCUUAAUUCUUCUUUCGAUAUUUUAAUCGGCGAGGUGAGAAAUUGAAAGGUUUAUUCUCUCUUUCAUAUUCAGUGUUUUUAUGUUAAAGUUUCUUCAUUUCAACAACCUUUUUUUUCCGUUUUUUUUUUGCAUAAAUUAUUUAUUUUGUACUUUGCAUUGCUGAUGUCGUUAAAUACGUGAUAAUCCUUGAUGCUACGAUGAAAUCGUAUUGACUUUGAGGCAAGUGAACGUUUACAUAACAUGGUAGCGAUUAGAUGGUCGUUAUUUCACUGGUAUCCUUUCGCUAUGUGAUCUGUACUUUAGAUCGGGACGACACCUAUGAGAUGACUUUUCCAUGUCCCCUAAACGAGUAUCACUUUUCUUUUGGAUAACAUCUUGCAUCUGCGUGACACUUCAUUCCCUCUGUAAAAAAAAAAAUAACAUUGUUACACUUUUGUUCUUAUUUGUUUGUACUGGAAUUUUAGAUAUAUGCCCCUUUCCGUUGUAUUAACAUAGCAUUAAUGAGGUCUCUGAUUGAUGUCUUCAGAUUCCUGCUAUUUAUCGGUUUUUCUGCGUGCACGUUCCCUUACAUUUGCAGUGUUUAAUCAAUGGACGUGUGAUAAAAAGCACAGCUAUGUGAAUCUUAUUAGAGGUGAAGCCUAUAGCACUCCGGAUUCCCAUGUUGUCUCAGAGCAUAUUACUUACAAGACCCUCAGACUCUUAAUUGCAGUGAUCGGAUGGGAACUGGUGGUUUCGCCUAGGUAUGGCCGUGGACAGUUCCUUCAGUUCAAAGAAGUAAUUUAUAGGUUUUUUUGAUCCUGAAGAACCCGUGAAAGCCGCUUUUUGGUUGUAGGCUGUUAUUCAAUUGUCUAAUGAAAAGCAGUUAGCUAAUGCGUCUGCAGUUUCCAUGUUUUGUUUGUUACUUCUUCUGUGUGAAUAAAUUAAGUACAACGAGAAAUUAGUAGCUCAC